AGUAUAUACCGAGUUGGUCACAUAAGGACCAGCACGAUGCUGCCUCUCGUUUUGGUAUUGUUUGCCGCUUCGAGCGCCUUAGCUGCUCCAUCUGUAUCAGUGACAACCAGCAACAUUAACGACAUUGCCCCGCUCCUAGACAAUGGUGCUCUAGUCUCCAGUUACCUGACCGAUCGAGCGUUCGAGCUCAUCGACGGUGGUGACACAAACAUCUACAUCCUGACCUUGCAGCAGAUCUUGAACGAUCUCGCAAACCAGCCAGACCCACGAACUCAAGCCGUCGCACUCGCUCAAACAAUCUCCGUCCUUGGCGCACUUGGCACAGGUUUCACUGGAUUCUCUUGUGAUGCCGCUGCUGUGAUCAACGCGGCCGCAAGUGGCAAUGGCGAAGCUGCUGCAGCCCGCGCAUACGCUUCCCGUCUUGCAAGCUACGUUGACGUCAUUGCUAAACUAGCUGUCAACCCUAACUCCGUGCGUAAUACUUUCGGUCUAGAGGGAAGCUGCCCAGGAUACGGCAGAGUCUACCGAUUCGAAGAUGCUUGGGAAAUUAUCCUGAACAAUGCCAGCCCUUACACCGUUGGACUGUUCAAUGAAGAGUAUUGUGCCGCCAAGCGCCUCUACCAAGCCUUCAACGUACGUAGCAACGCCGUUGGAGCCGCCGCCACGGCCGCCGCCAUGCCAUCAGUAGUCAACAUCGUCCAAAAUGCUGUUGGGCCACUCUCCAAUUUCUUGAGAGCCGCUAUCUCCGGAGGAAACUGCAGCGCUGCUGCAGCCACAGCCAGAGCCGCUCUUCUUCGAUAAACACCCAACAUAUAGCAACAUAUAGUAUGCCUAUAUAUCAACAUACAACUUCAAAAUUAAAACGACAAAAUUUACCCCAUAGAGCACAACAUAAACCUAACGGAAAAAUGUUUUCUCUAGGGUAUAUACAUAUAUGUUACAUACUCUUGUAUAUUUUAUUAUUAUAUCACUAGCAUAGGACGUAUGAGUCGUGAUUGAGGAAA